CCUGUACCCCAGCUUCUCGUCCUCCCGUACUCCGCUCGCCUCCCAGAACGCUAGCUCGACGAAGAUUUCCAGAGCUGAUGAUGGGCGUGCGAGGUAUUGCGUGGGCUGUGUCCGUGGGCGUGUUGGUCCUCCUAGCUCGAGUGGAGGGUCACGGGCGCAUGAAUUUUCCAGCUGGAAGGUCCACCGCCUGGAGACACGGCUUCGACUCGCCCAUCAACUAUAACGACGACGAACUCAACUGCGGGGGGCUGGGGACCCAAUACGAGCAGAAUGGCGGCAAGUGCGGAGUCUGCGGCGACAACUGGGCCGACCCUCAGCCGCGUGCGAACGAGGCUGGAGGAAAGUACGGGACGGGGCUCAUCGUCGCGAACUUCACCAAGAACCAGGAAGUGGACGUCGAGAUCGAACUGACGACGACCCACCAAGGCUACUUCGAGCUGCGUCUCUGCGUCAACAACGACCCGACUCAGAUCAUCACCGACGCCUGCCUGGACGAGCACCUCCUCGAACUGGCCGACGGAUCAGGCACCAAGUAUCCUAUUGCAACGGAGAAUGACUGGAUUUUCGUGACGGCGAGGGUGAAGCUCCCUCAAGACGUCGUGUGCACUCAGUGUGUGCUUCAGUGGCACUACAGGGGAGGAAACAACUGGGGCGAAUGCGGAGACGGCACCGAGGGCAUGGGCUGCGGCGACCAAGAGAUCUUCCGGGCGUGCGCUGACGUCGGCAUCUAUUAGUAACAUACCUGUUUUCACCUGACUGUUAUUGUGAAGUCAUACCAACUUGUUUUUCUUCUUUUUUUUUUUGCAAUUAGUUAAUGGGUAUGUAUGAUAUCCAGUACGAUUGAUUAAUAAAGGAGAAUACAGUCUCAGGAAUUUU